UCUGCUGAUCUUCACUCUCAUUCAACUGACACAUGGCGCGGACACUUGUCUUCUCGCAUGUCCUCUGCUCGCCAUUCUCAUCUCCAACCUCUUCUUAUUUUCUUCUCUAAGCCCACACCUCGUAUUCCCCACCCCCUUCAUCAAGCGAGCAUCCGUCGGAGACUCUUUUGACCAGAAUGGCCACCAAAGCAGAGCUUCUUUCUGCGGCGUUCGUCCUUUCUUUUCUCUUUCUUUCUGUUAGUUUAGCAUAUGGUAUGAAAGACCCAGAAGUGCUGCAGUGUAAGCACCAGUGCAGGCAGCUAAGACGGGUCGGUGAGGAAGAUAAGCAAAGAUGCUUCGAGAGAUGUGACGAGUAUUAUAAGGAGAAGAGAAGGAGAGAGCGGUCUCGACAAGGACACUGCGAAAAAGUACUUGGCGGCAGUGAUGGAGAAGAUGGAUCUUCUUCUUUAGAUCCUCAAGCCCAGUUGAGUAUUUGUCAAGAAAAGUGCGAUAGUCUACGGGGAGAGCAGAGGCAGCUCUGUCGCCUUCGCUGCCAACAUAGUAGGAGGAGAGAACAAGAGGAAGAAGAAGAAGAAGAAGAAGAAGAAAAUGACGAUGACGAAGAGGAAGAGAAUGAUGAUAGUAACCCGUAUGUGUUUGAGGAUAAACACCUGACUACGAAAGUGAAAACGGAGCAAGGAAGAGUGGAUGUUCUUGAGAAAUUCACGAGCAAGUCAAAGCUCCUUCGAGGAAUCAGGAAUUACAGAGUAGCAUUUCUUGCAGCAAAUCCUCUUAGCUUCGUUGCUCCAAGUCACUGGGACGCUGACGCCGUUCUCUUUGUUGCAAGGGGUCGAGCAACGAUCGGUUUGGUACGUGAAGAUAAGACAGAGAGGUUGAACGUUGAAUUUGGAGAUACAGUAAAAGUUUCUGCAGGUACUCCAAUUUACAUGGUGAACAGAGAUGAAAACGAGAAACUCUUCAUCAUCAAGCUCCUACGACCUGUAAAUCUCCAUGGCGAAUACGAGGCAUUUUAUGGACCUGGUGGUCGAGACCCUGAAUCAUUUUACCCAGGAUUCAGCUCGGAAGUACUCGAAGCUGCUCUCAACAUUAGAAGAGAGAGAUUGGAGAAGCUUUUCAAACAACAGGAUGGAGGGAGCAUCAUGAAAGCGAGUAAAGAACAAGUGAAGGCAAUAAGCAGCCGUGUAGAGGAGGAAGGUUGUAGCUUCUGGCCUUUGCAGGUGAAUCAAGACUCUCUUACAACAUAAUCAAGAGACGUCCGUUUUACAGCAACCGCCAUGGCCAACUCUUCCAAGCUACUUCAUUUCAUUACAGACCGCUUCAUGACCUGAAUCUAAUGCUUUCUUUCGUCAACAUCACCAACGGAUCCAUGUCUGCGCCAAUGUACAACUCCAGGGUGACUACAAUAGCUAUCAUCAUCAAUGGGGAAGGGCGCUUUGAAAUGGUGACUCAUAAGGAGUCAAAGCAAGGGAAGAGCAGCUCAGCUUACCAAAGAAUAAGUUCAGGCUUGAGAAACAACAUGAUAUUCGUUGUCCCGCCGGCUCAUCCCUGGGUAGUGCUUGCAUCACCCACCACCAAUCUGCAAAUCCUUUGCUUCAAUGUCAAUGCUGAAAACAACAUUAGAUACCCACUUGCAGGAAGAAGGAAUGUAGUGAAGAGUAUGGGAAGGGAAGCAAUGGAGUUGGCGUUUAAAAUAAAAGGAGUAGAGAUAGAGAGGGCAUUUAGCAGCCAAGGAGAAGAGUACUUUUUUGCAGGACCAAGAGAAGAGAAAAAACAGGACUAUGCUUAUGCUUGAGAAUCAAAGGCCGAGGGAAAUCAUGUAGAUAUACAUACAAAUAAUCUUAUCAUAAGAGAUGUAAGU